CGCGCAUGCGCUCGAGCGGCGGGGGUGGGCGGGGCGGCUUUUCCCCUUCUGCCCCGCCCGUUCCGGCGAUCGGCGGGACGGCGCGUCAUGGCCGGCGGGGUGAUCAAAUGCAAGGCUGCAGUUGCCUGGGAGGCAGGUAAACCUCUCUCUCUUGAGGAGGUGGAGGUUGCUCCACCAAAAGCUCAUGAAGUUCGUAUCAAGAUAGUCGCCUCUGCUGUCUGUCACACCGAUGCCUAUACAUUGAGUGGAGCUGAUCCCGAAGGAUGUUUCCCUGUGAUCUUGGGCCACGAAGGAGCAGGAAUUGUGGAGAGCGUGGGGGAGGGAGUAACGAAACUAAAGCCGGGGGACACCGUUAUCCCUCUAUACAUCCCCCAGUGUGGAGAGUGCAAGUUCUGUAAGAAUCCCCAAACAAAUUUGUGCCAGAAGAUAAGAAUUACUCAAGGGAAAGGCCUCAUGCCUGAUGGCACCAGCAGAUUCACCUGCAAAGGAAAGCAGAUUUACCACUUCAUGGGGACCAGCACCUUCUCCGAGUACACCGUGGUGGCCGAUAUCUCAGUAGCCAAGAUUGAUGCGGCGGCACCUCUGGAUAAAGUCUGUCUGCUGGGCUGUGGCGUCUCCACUGGCUACGGAGCUGCCCUGAACACCGCCAAGGUGGAACCGGGCUCUACGUGUGCCGUCUUUGGCUUAGGAGCAGUUGGGCUGGCGGUUAUUAUGGGCUGUAAAACCGCAGGAGCAUCCCGGAUCAUUGGCAUCGACCUGAACAAGGAUAAGUUUGCCAAAGCCAAGGAGUUUGGAGCUACUGAGUGCAUCAGCCCUCAAGACUUCAAGAAGCCCAUCCAGGAGGUGCUGAUGGAGAUGACCGACGGGGGGGUCGACUACUCGUUCGAGUGCAUUGGGAAUGUUGGAGUUAUGAGGGCGGCCUUGGAAGCUUGUCACAAAGGCUGGGGAGUCAGCGUGAUAGUCGGAGUCGCUGGCAUUGGUGAGGAGAUCUCCACGCGGCCAUUCCAGCUGGUAACUGGGCGGACGUGGAAAGGGACCGCGUUUGGAGGCUGGAAGAGCGUAGACAACGUACCAAAGCUGGUGAAUGACUACAUGGCCAAAAAGAUCAAGGUUGAUGAAUUUGUGACUCACACUCUGCCUUUCGACAAAGUUAAUGAGGCUUUUGAGCUGAUGCACACAGGAAAGAGCAUUCGAACUGUUCUAAAUCUUUAGAGCCAAAUGUGGACCUUCCAGCUGGCCAGCAUCAUGGUAGCCAUCCUUUUAUAAUGGAAUUUCUGAUAGAGGGUAGAAUCAAGCAAAUGAAAACUCACUGGGACUAGGAAGACGUUGUAUUGUACAGUGAGCAUUCUCAAUAUUAAGUAACAAAAAUCAGUAACCACGGAGUAGCGUUAAAUAAUUAGCACGGGUUGUGGCACUUGUAUUUCUGUACUUCAAAUUCAACAAUGCCUAACUCAAUCUACUUAAUAAAAAGCUUUUUUCUAAA